UGGCUCUAGGAAUCGUGAAAAUAAACUCCUUAUUUCGACCUAUGUGUUUGGACACAUAAGACGUCUAUCUGAAUGUUAAGGAGUGCUCUAAACAGAUUUCAGAACAAAUGGAAAUCGUACAGACACCGGUUUGUACCUUGGGUUGUACUGAACCUGUCUAAAAAUGAGAAAACUCUGCGGCAGGUGACGGAGCGCUCGAAAGACAAGCUGGUCCCAGAUGAGGAGGUUUCACAGAGCCUGCUGCAGCUCUUCAGAGUCCUGCCCAGGGUGCAUGGGGCUGAUCAUUGGGAGCUCCGAGCGGCUCAAACUCCCCUUCUCAGACAGGAAACAACUGAAGAAGACCAGCGUGGAGAUGAUGCCAUGCUACAAUCUCUAGGAUUCUGCAUUGCCCGGAAACCUAGCACUUUGCCCUUUGCAGGAACUGGAGUGUUUGUCACCAAAGGAUGUGUACCAAAAGGAGCUACAGUGGCCAUGUACCCUGGCACAGUCUAUCAAGCCUACGACCCAAUCCUCCUCCAGUCCAUCAGAAACCCAUUUGUGUUCAGAUGCAUUGAUGGUGUCUUGAUUGAUGGAAAUGACAAAGGCAUCUCCAAAAUGGUGUUCAAGUCCUGCAGUGGCAGGGACAGAAUGGGGCCCUUCAUGAUGAGUGACACCAGCUGGCUGACAUCCAGUCCACAAAACCCACUAGCUGUUGGACAGUAUGUGAACAACUGCUCCAACGAGUCGCCUGCUAACGUGUGCUACCAGGAGUUUGAUGUGCCGGACAGAUUUCCCUUUGAGCUCUGGCAGUAUCUGCCUAAUGUCAACUACAGCCAUGACACACAGAGGCCUCUACGCUGUGUUGCCCUUGUAUCCCUCAGAGACAUUACAGCAGGGGAGGAACUAUUCUCCAACUACUACACCAUUGUGCAUUAGAGUCAAAGUAAACUUGCUGUUCUGCUUUGUUGUCAGAACUGAAGAACAUUUACAUUUUCAGAUUUAAACAAUAUUAUCAUUGUCUGGAGAAAAUGUGUCUUUGUACACUCAGCAUUGCACUGAAAUAAAAGAAAACAUGUCUUGUAUAGAUUACUGUAAUGUUCAAGAAACAAAACUGCCCAUAUUUGACAGUGUUGAAAGGUAUUGUAGGAAAAUAAAGAAAGAUCCAAGAUUAAUAGGGCCAGGGUAACAGGCCACAUAGGAUCAGCAUGUUCCAGACCUGAGCAAAGUGCAGGCAGUGGCGUGUCCAGACCAUUUCGACUUGAGGUGGCUGGGGUGUAGCUAGGCUUUGUUUUUGAAGGUCAAUAUGGGGGCAAAUGCAUUGAUAUAAUACUGAUGUAUGAGUAGUUACAAAACACAUUUUAGUCCAAUAGCUUGGCCAGGUACCAGGAUUAAGUUACUGAGGGGGCUGUUGAAAAUCCAUAAAGGUGCUAGUGGAGACCCUCUACGCGAACGCACAAAGGGAGUGGAAGUGGGCAGGGAGAGGGUGUAGGGGCCGGAUUGGAAUUGAGCCUAUAGUCUUUAUUUAAAGGGAGGCAAACCUUUUUGGCCGCUCUGGUCACCUGUACCGUAACGGUACUGAUAAAUGUGCAACAAGUUUAACACACAAACACACAUCCUUAUUUCUAUCACUGGUAACGUAAUGGAACGGAGGGGCCAACUAUUUUGAAUUGACGUGAAUUUUGAUGCGCUUCUAUUUGCACUUUUUUUGGGUUUCGCUGUUUUCUACAGAAUUGCUGAUCCAAAUAAGUUCACACGCGGCACUGCGCUCCCUCGGGUCCUCAGCAACACACCCACCAAGCGUGAAGUAGAUCAGUCCAAUGGUUGGCGACAUAAUCAAAACUCAGAUACACACACAGACGUCUGUCAUUAUAGUAUGAUGUGCUUGGUUGGUAAAGGCUGAAGAUUCUUUAAAACACAGUUUCUGAUUCGUGAAAGCUUGAAAUCCAAACACCUUCGUAGAUUGGUCAAAUGGUUCAUUUACUCUUCAAUUUCCUCUUUGAAGAACUACUGUUGUUCUCUUACCUUUCCUCUAACUGUCACGGUCAAUCUCUGUCACUGUAAGUCUCCUCACUUUUGACAAAGCUGUUACAAGUACCAUAAUUCAGCCAUUAUUGGGCUUGUUCUUCAUUUUUUCUAAACUCUUUAAUGAAAAGUUUCUUGUCAAUACUCAGUCACAACUAUCAAAAUUCCUGCCCACCAGUUAUCCUUAUUGUUCCUACCUUUGCCAGUCACCUGACUUUGCACCUGCCUGCAGACAUGAUCCUCAUUACCCUAUUAUCGAAAUAGUUUAUACUAGACUUUCAAAGAAGCCUAGCCAUUUUCCAAAAUGUGUAUCAUGUCUCCUACUCCCUUUGUUUUGCCUGAAUCUGCCUGCCUGCAAUUCUGAUUUUGAUCGAUGCUAUUUAAAAAAUAAAUAGCCUUUUACCUUUUACCCUGAGGUGUAAUGUGUUAUGCCUGCUGACAAAGUAAACUCAGUUAUUGCUCCUGCUUUAUGAGUCUGUGAGUCUGAUUUUGAGUUAAAAGCAGUAGUCUCCCAUUGCAUUACUGUCACUAUUGCUAGAAAGUACUGCUACGACUUUUAGUUGUAAUCUUAAAAUAAUUGCUGCUAUUUCUAUUGUUCAAAGUACC